AUGAGCGACAAUCAACCACCAGCGGCGCUUACAGAUGCUGAACGCAUUCGUUUGAAACGACUUGCAAAGCUUCAAGGUGCGGCUUCGGCGAGUAGCUCUUCUGGACCCUCAACGCCUGCAGCAAGCAGUGGGGGAGCCACUCCAGCUUCAUCGACGCCGGCAGGACCGAGUCCUAAAGCCACACCAUCGCCUUCAGUCGCCAGUCCGGCCCCAAAGCCAAAGGCACCUACACCUGUCGCAAAGCCUAUUGCGACUCCUGGUCCACCCGCACAGUCUCCUGUCCCCGCUGUCAAGAAAAAGCCAGCUACGCCGCCUAAACUUGACUUGCCCACUUGGGAACAUGAGGUGUUGCAGAAUGUAUUGAAGGUUACGCUUAGCAAAGGGGAGGCAGAGAAGAGUGGACACGAUCUCGUAUGGUUGAAAUCUCUGAGUGAAGAUCUUGCUUCGGAUGGAGGAACGGAUCGGCUUUCUUUGGACCUCUUGGACCAACUCUUGAUCGCGAGAUUGGAAUUGGACCCACAGACAAUGAGUGAUGAUCUCGAAUACCUCCCUGUCCUUGUAUCGCUUCCAGCGGGACAAACUGUCUUUGAAUACCUAGUUGGAAGUUGGAAGAGGCUGAAUGCCGCGAGAACGGCGUUGACGAGACGCGGCUAUCCUCCUGUCGACACGCAAAACGCCUUGACGAAGCUCGAGAAGAUUCGUGAACUUAUCAUCAGCUAUGCCGGAUUUACCCUGCAAGAACCUGAGAUGUUCCCUCAGCCGUCAGGUCGUGAAUUGGGUCCUCCGGAAUUAAUCAAGCCUCUCUUGUCACUUUCAGCGCUAUCCGCACCACUCAUGGGUUCCUCUACGCCUGACCCUAAUACACUCGGACCCUCCGACAUCGACCAAUUCCUGCGCGACCUCGCCACACGAUUCGAACCUGACAAUGAGAUCGACUCUGUUUUGGCACCGGUAAUUCGCGGUCUACUAUUCCACGAGUCGCUGUUCCGACUUGAAGGGCUGGGUGGUGGGGAUGCCGGAUGGCGGGGUGUUGUUGGCGGCCUGGAGCUGUUGGUGUCGAUCAAACCUAUAGCGAUUAUGAUCACGCGUAUGGAGGAGUGGAUCCCGGAGAACGCUACUGCUUUCAACUUCGAGACCCUCUCUUUGAUGGGCCCUCUUUGCAGACUUGGUAUCUUCAGCCGUGAAUGGCCCGCUAUCGCUACCACCUACUUCUCUGAUCCAGACAAGCGGAGCAGGGCAGACAUCGAAUCGUCAUUCGCCAGCUUGCGUGGAACCUUGAAGUCUUUGCAAUCGUCACUUUUCCAGAUUUUCAACUUACUUGUGAGGGCUAGUCCUGAGUCUAGGGAGAGGACGUUGCAGUACUUUGCUCGUGUCAUUGCCUUGAACGGGAAGCGUGCUGGAAUGCAAGUCGAUCCUGGCACUGUGGCAUCGGAUAGCUUCAUGUUGAACAUGCAGGCCAUCUUGAUGAGGUUUGCUGAGCCCUUCAUGGAUGCUAAUUACUCCAAGAUGGACCGCAUCGACCCUCUGUUCUACGCACACUGCGACCGGAUCGUGCUGGGAGAUGAGACGAGGAUUAAGGCGACUACGGAGGAGGCGAACGAGUUCAUGGAACAGCACAAGAAGACUGACUCCCCGCCGAACUUCAUUUCCAAUAUCUUCUUCCUUACAGUCGCCAUGGCACACUACGGCUUCUUGAAGACCAUUGAUACCUACAAUAACACCCAUAAGCAGAUGGAGGAUAUCCAGCGCCAUUUGCAAAUGUUGGAAGGUGACGGAUCUUGGAUGGGGACUCCUAUGCAAGCGCGAGUACAGGCAACGAUCAAGCUCGUCAAGACUGAAGAGGCGAAGAUCAAGAUGCAACAGCUUGCGUUCCAAGCUGCUCUGACUGACCCCGAUCUCGUCUUCCAUUCCCUUGGAUUCACCAAUUUCUUAUCGACAUGGGUGAUCAGACAGGCCGACCCAACCCAGAAGCAUCCUAGUCCGACAGUCCAACUUCCGCUACCCAAGGAGGUGCCGAUGGUAUUUAGGACAUUGCCCGAAUAUUUCAUCGAGGACGUCGUCGACUACUUGUUCUUCGCAGUGCAGAACACACCUGACAAAUUCGAGAUCGCCGGGAAGAACGAACUGCUAAUCUUCAUCCUGACCUUCUUGACAUCAACAUGGUACAUCAAGAACCCCUUCCUCAAGUCAAAAAUCAACGACGUCCUCUUCAUGUCGACGUGGGGCUAUGGUCGGGAGCGGAAUGGAGUUCUGGGCAAUAUGUUGAACUCUCAUCCUCUGGCGUUGAAACACUUGAUCCCUGCUUUGACGCACUUCUAUAUCGAGGUCGAACAGACUGGUGCUAGUUCGCAGUUCUAUGACAAAUUCAAUGCUCGACGUAACAUCGCCUUCGUGUUGAAGAUUAUUUGGAACAACCCAGUGCACCGAGAAGCACUGAGCAUUGAGGCCAAGAACGUCGACAAGUUCAUACGCUUCGUCAACCUCAUGAUUAACGAUGUCACCUACCUCAUGGACGAAUCCCUAGGCGAGCUCGCGCAGAUCCACAACAUCCAACAAGAGAUGGACGACCGGGAAGGAUGGAAUUCCAGGCCGUUGGAGUACCGACGCGAGCGUGAAGGCACCCUCCGCUCUCUCGAACGACAUGCAGCUGGCUACACCACCCUCGGACGAUCAACAGUAGAGAUGCUAAAGGUUUUCACGGCCGAGACGAAGCCACCUUUCAUGAUGCCGGAGAUCGUGGACAAGCUGGCCGCCAUGUUGGACUACAACCUUGCAGCGCUUGCCGGACCCAGGUGUCAAGACCUCGUCGUCCGGGAACCAGAGAAACUCAAGUUCAACCCCAAGGCGCUCCUCAGCGACAUUCUCCAAGUCUACAUCAAUCUCAGCGACCAGCCAGAGUUUGCGAGGGCGGUAGCCGGUGAUGGAAGGAGUUAUUCGAGGGAACUGUUUGAGCGCGCAGCCAAUCUUGCUGUGAGGAGGAGCAUCAAGUCAUCGUCAGAGAUUGAGGUCUUUAGGGCCUUCAUUGAAAAGGUCGAGGCGGCCAAGGCUACGUUAGAAGCUGAGGAAGAUCUAGGUGAAGUUCCAGAGGAGUUCUUGGAUCCGUUGAUGUUUACCGUCAUGCGAGACCCCGUUCGACUGCCUUCGUCCAAGACCGUUAUCGAUCGUGCUACCAUUAAAUCUCAUUUACUGUCGGAUUCUAAGGACCCCUUCAAUCGAGCCCCUCUAGCGAUCGAAGACGUGAUUCCAGAACCGGAGUUGAAGGCCAAGAUCGAGGCGUUCAUUGAGGCAAGAAGGGCAGAGCGAGAGGCUGCGAAAAUGGAUGUCGACAAAUGA